AUGAUCGGUUUAGUUUACGAACGACGGCCAACCGGAUUGCAUCGCGGACAGUGGCUGUGUGAUGAGCGAGGCUCAUUUUUCCAACAUUGGCGGGUGAACGUUUUCGCGCACGAUCUUUAUGAUAAAGAACCAACUACCAGAAGCGGUUUCGGGUACAAAGCUUUCAGGGGUUUUCCCGGUCGAGCCGGUUUCUCGGCUGCGCAAAAAGUUUGAAGAAUUUUACGAGUGAAUAGUGUCUGUUUACAUUCUAGCUGUGACAACCGGGUGGUGAAACUGAUUAGCCGUAUGGGCAAGUUAACAUCGUGGAUUGAUUCGAACAAAAAAUAAGUGUCUACCUGGGCGAGUGUGAAAUAAAUUGGAAAUUUUUUUGGAGGUUUCACCGUGUAGCUCAUCUUCAUUGGGCUAUCAAGCCGAGUUCAUACCAGUGCGUAGUAUGUUUUUUUCGUGAGCGUGUUGACAUGCAAGAGUGAUUUGUACAGUUCGAAGGCUUUUAGAAACAGAAGAAGAAAAAUUGAAAACCGGCAGGCAGUAAAAAUUGAGCUCUUUAGAUUCGGUUCGAUGAAGAUUGAAUGUUCUUAAAUUUCGACACCGUCUGCCAUCGCAAAGGCCGCCGCGAAGGGAAGCAAACAUUCGCGCGGCACGUGAGAGCAGUCUAGUGUGGAAGAUUGGAUCCGAAACCGAAAGGAAAGCCACUCUAGUGUGACGUGAAUGAAUGCGUUAGAAAGACUGCCAGUAAUGAUGAUGGUUUGUAGCAAGUCAAGUGAUCAGUGGCUGCCAAGUGGAAAAUAAGCGACAGGAAGUGAGAUAUUUGUAUAUAUUAAAGCGGUGGUUUUUGUGUGGGUGAAAACCUUGACAUACAGUAGUGACAAUAGACGAGGACACAAUGGAAGGUAAAACGGAGAUCCGCUCAAAGCCUAUCCUAAGCCCAACGAGAUCGUUGGAUGAAGGAUUCGAAAGUGACCCUGAUCGUAUCUCUACGGAUUCCGAGUUGACCACAACCCAAGCUGCUCCAGCUUUUGACGUUCUACAAACAACCGAUCGAGACGGAGUUCAACAUACCCAGAUAGCGAGACGAACUCAGGACAGUCCGGUCUCUAAAGACAGUGGUCCUGAGAGCAUUAUAUGUCUAGACGGGGAAGUCGAAAACGAACUUCGAAGUAAGCUAGAGAAAACAACACUGGGUAGACCCCCUACCAGUCUGCCGAGCUUUGGCCAACAGAAAACUAAUACCAAUCACAUUCGCUAUCGCCGGAUUAAGACGAGAGCACCUCCGCCACCCUUAGGAAGUUAUUACUACCAAAAACGCUCCCAAUCUGUUGACUCCAUGAAUAGGUCCAAUAUGCACCACAGUAGCCGAUAUGGCAUGGACCCGGUACAUGGUAUGUCCGGGGCACAUCUCGAUAUGGUCAACAGCAACGGCGAUGUUCUAGCAGGUCGAUUCGUACGUGUUGCCGUGAAUCCACAUCAUCAUCAGCAGUCACAGCAUCUUCCGUUAAACCAUCCGUACCGUUUGUCCUCACUAUCGACAAACAAUAUUUACAAGUACUGUCACGCAUCAACGGCAAUGAACAGCCAUCAGCAUCAUUCGAUGCAUCAUCAUCUUCACGGUUCAGCUGGCGCCGGCGCCGGUAGCAAUUCUUCGGCCGCCAGCGCCAGUGGCCGCAACAAUAUAUACUCGUUACCGCCGCAAUACCACGGGGGAUUAUCCACAGGAUCGAUUCAACCGGCGCCGAAUCAUACCUCAUCAGCAGGCGCAGUACCAACGCAAACCGGCAGGAACUACAAACAUUUCAACCACGUUCCAGUAUGCUGGACUCAGUCGAUACCAAGGCAAACAAGACGGUACAUAACGCCGACGGCCUUACCCCAGGUGAUAGCACCACCCAACAAGUCAACCGGCACCGGCAUAUCGCAAAAACUCCGAGACCUGGCAACCUCGGCUGGUUUGCUCACGGCUAAACCCCGGCCACCACUGAAACCAGUCAUCAAAACGCGUGGCUCCAAUAGUGCCGAAUUCCCGAAGAAGGUGACGUUCAGCGCGUUCGCCACCGUGCAGGUUGUGUAGAUUGGACCCCAGAAGCGGAAUCGUCAGGCCGCAGGCAACUGCUGGAGCUGGAAUGACACUGUAGAGAAUGUAGCGGGCAAUAGAGAGGAGUAAUCGAAACAAACUUAGACAAGGGACACACCGUUUCGGUUAUCACCCAGUGAAUAUCAAUUAUUUCAUGCAAUUAUCGGAAAUAAUUUGUUAUUUGCCAAUCGAACAUGCAAAUCGACUAGACGACUGUGUAGAUAAACAGCGUUAGAAGUAGAAAUAAUAGCAGAACAAAAACACUGACAUACUGUGGACAUGCAACUAAAACCACACUACAUGCGAAGCACUAGAACGGUGGGUGAAAAGUGUACAAAAUGACCAAAAGAUGUAGAGUACCAAUACAAGUUUUUUGUUUUAUAAUACACAUAUACAACCGCACCGAGUUUCACCCACCGUUCAGUGAACCGCGGCAGUCAAUCUCUCAAUUGGUUGAUACAAAUUUUCUCGUCACUCCAAAAGCAACUACUGCGAAAAUAUUCAAGAUUGCUAUCGACGUACGCCGGCGUUCGGAUAAGGAUACGAUGUGCCUUACGGUCCCCGCGGUGAAGUGUUCCGACUUUAAUCGAGUAACGUCAAACUCUGUAUAUGUACACACGAAGAAGCGAGCAAGAAAAAAAAACUUUAGAUGUGAUUCACGAGCCAUUUUAGCCUGUACACACGAACUAGUGGCAGGCGAGAAGUUUUUUUUUUAACCUAACCUAUAUAUUUGCUUGUCAUAUAAGUACAUCUCGAGCAUGCAAUCUAUUUUCUUCUAGCUUAACUUUAUUUUUAUUUCACCGUUGACUAGAGCGUUGAGAGCUAGUUCUGUAUAAAUUGUACCAUUAUAUCGUAUUAGUUAGCUGUUUAAAAUAAAAAAUGCAGUUGCUUCGUUGCAUGUUUGUUACGGGACGGGAAUAAAGCAACUGUGAAUGAAGCAGGCGAAGAGGAAUGAAUGCAUACCUUGUAAUAACAUAGUGCGAAGCCAACUAUAAGAUUUACUAAUUCCUUUAUCUUUAAUAACUAUAAGCCCAGGUUUAAUUGAAAAUCUUGCGGAAGGCUAGUAAUUUUAAUGUCUUUGUAUUGUGACCGACCUCAAACCGAUAAGUUAGGUCUGGGUAUCGGUCCGGUUCGUCCUGGUUAUGAAUCAGGAACGGCCUUCGAAGUUCAUUUUAGGUCUAUUACGAUCCGACUCCGUUUCGGUAUCGUUCCGAAGUCCGGCCCGGAGUCUAAGAUACAAAAGUCGAGAGUUUAUCAAGUUCUCCGACUUAUGAACAAGAAUAAAUAAUCCGCUUUUAACUCAUUAACUGUGUAUCGUAGAGUCGAAAUCAAUCAAUAAAUUUAUGAUUAAAGAUUCUCAAUUUUACCAACCAAUUUGCGCGUAGAAGGAAAGAAUUUAUGAAUCAGUUUUUUUUUCGAUUUUUGUUUUUAACUUUGAUUCUACGAUGUGUGGAUUUUGAGUUACGUUUUUUUUUUGCAUAAUUUCAAAAGUGUCUAGACGCGCAACAUUUUAACUGAAAAUUGAUUAUACUAAAAAAGUAAGUCAGCUGCCGGAACCAAAGAAACUUUAAAAUUUGAUGACCCCCUUAGGAAAGGUCAUUCGUGCGGAGUACGACUGUUACAAGACAAACUUAAUCGUGACGGCGAUUUUAUAGAAUAAAGAGUGCCAAUUCUGUUUAAACUGUGCUUUUUCUUUGUAAUCUUAGUUAGGGUGGUCCAAAAAGAAGUCGUUAGACCUUUUUUAAAUGCUUAACAUCACACUAAACGGUCUAUUUUGUCUCAGGUUGCAGAUUUUUUCAAUUUUUCUGAAACUAUUUUUGCUAUUUACUUAUCUUAAAUAGUUCUACCUACAAAGAUUCAAGUAACGGUAAGCCACAUUACGUUCAAAACUAUCAAUAACCUAUCAACCGUACAAGAUAAAAGUAAUUAUUCAUUUGAAAAAUUUAAAACUUCCUGUAUUUAAAGCCAUUUUUACAAAUUGGAAUGCUAAUAUUACAGAAAAGCAUCCGGAUAAAACUAUUUAAAUUUCUAACAACUUUGCUCAAUAACUUGUACAAUAAAACAAUGAAUUUUGAAACAUUAGUCAGAUAAGAACAAUAAAAAAUGAUACGCAAGUAAUUAUUUUUGGACCAUCUUCACUAAAAUAUUCAUCAAAUCAUAGUUUGAUGCGAAAAAGGCGAAAGUUUUGUUACGUCAGAAAAUUAACUUCCGUUGAAACAAAAAAAAACACAAACAUCGUUGAACCGUCAGACCAAUCAAACCGAAUGCAACAAAAAGAUCGUCGAACACUUUCGCUGAAAAACAUUUUUCCUACCCAGAAAGGGUGGCUGGCUGAUGAUUGGGACCGAGAAAAACGUUAUUGGCAUGGCGAUUUCCUAAAAGCAUCGCACCACACCUACGAACAUCUGAAGAAAAAAAAAAUACUAAUGUCGGCUGUUACCAGUCCAAAAACCAAAGGCCUUGCCAGUGACGCAUCAGCUGGCCGCAAACUUGACGUCGAGUGUUUCGGGCACAGAAAAAAAAGCUACCCGAAAACGGUGCCUAUGCAAUUACGGGGCAAUAUUUUCCUAUUCCGAAUCCAUUGAACCGAACAAUGUUCACGUUCGAAACAUAAUUAUUCAAUAAUCGAACCAAACGAUUGUCGGAAAAGCCAAGUGCGGUUUUUUUUCCCAAUGUUAAAAGUGAAUGCUACCUUCCAAGCCAAUUGUAUAAUGUUGUAAAAACUUGUAUUAGGAUAUAGUAUAAAUAAAUCUAUCUUCGCGAACAAAUUAUUGUCUAUAGAAAUUUGAUCUUAUAAACAUACUACAAGAGCAAACGGAAACUUGUAAAUAGCUAAAUAUCUAACUAAACAACAAUUUGGUGAAAUCUACUUGUCAACAUCGUAUGUUUCCAAAAACACACCAGUAUAAGAACAUAACUGAAAAUAAAAUGGAAAUGAAGAAAAGAA